ACAAAAACACACCGGGCAGAUUCAGGCAGCAGAGCACCGACACACGCACUGACAGUCAAUAACACUUUCCGCUGCCUGUUCACUCUCCUCAUGUCAACAAUAUGGAUUUGACCGCGUCUGCUAGAAACGGCGCCACUGGCUGAAACCCCUCUGUCUGUGAUUUAAGUGAACUCAGUCAGCAGACAAACCGCGCCUCCCCUCCUUGCUUCCUUCCUUCCUUCCUUAUUUCCCCCAGGCCGUGUUCAGUGGCUCUCUCCCCUGAUCGCGGCUUUCUAAUGGCAGACCCGGCGGAACCAGCACCGGCGAGCGUGGAGCCGGAGACGGCAGAACUCAUCAACGACGCAGAACUGGCUCUGAUAGGAAUUAACAUGCUGCUCAACAAUGGCUUCAAGGAGAGCGACGACCUCUUCAGAAAAUACAGGAACUACAGUCCCUUGAUGAGUUUUGGAGCCAGUUUUGUGAGUUUCCUGAACGCCAUGAUGACGUUUGAAGAGGAGAAAAUGCAGCUGGCGCUGGAGGACCUCAAAGCUACCGAGAAGAUGUGCGAGAGCGAAAACACUGGCGUCAUUGAAACCAUCAAAAACAAGAUCAAGAGGAAUAUGGAUUCUCAGAGACCUGGUGUGACUGUAGUGGAUCGGCUCCAGAGGCAAAUCAUCAUUGCAGACUGCCAGGUUUACCUUGCAGUGCUGUCUUUCAUCAAACAAGAGCUGUCAGCGUACAUUAAAGGAGGCUGGAUCCUCCGUAAGGCCUGGAAGAUGUACAACAAAUGUUACAGCGACAUCACACACCUGCAGGAGAGCUGCAGAAGAAGGGACUCGGGAGCAAAAGUGACACCGUCUUCAUCUCUGUCAUCGUCCUCUGAAGCGUCAGACCGCAGCUGCUCGUCUUCGCCCAGGCCGAGCCCGUCCCACAGGCUUGACGGCGUCAGCUCAGAGGCCCUGGAUAGACUCAAAGGUUCCGUCAGCUUCGGUUACGGCCUCUUCCACCUCUGCAUUUCCAUGGUGCCGCCACAUCUGCUGAAGAUCGUCAACAUGCUGGGGUUCCCAGGUGAUCGCCUUCAAGGCCUCUCAGCGCUCAUUUGUGCCAGUGAGAGUAAGGACAUGAAGGCGCCCUUAGCUACCCUGGCCCUCUUGUGGUACCACACAGUAGUGCAGCCUUUCUUUGCCUUGGAUGGCACAGACGUACAGGCAGGCCUCGCCGAGGCCAAGUCUAUUCUUCAGCGGAGGGAGACGACGUAUCCAAACUCCUCCCUCUUCAUGUUUUUCAAAGGCAGAGUCCAACGCCUCGAGUGCCAGAUCAGUAGCGCCUUGACGUCCUUCAGCGAUGCUUUAGAUCUGGCCUCCGACCAGAGGGAGAUCCAGCACGUGUGUUUAUAUGAAAUAGGUUGGUGCAGCAUGAUCGAGCUGAACUACAGAGAUUCCUACAAGGCGUUUGAGCGACUGAAGAUAGAGUCUCGCUGGUCCCAGUGCUUUUACGCCUAUUUAACUGCAGUUUGCCAAGGAGCCACAGGUGACCUGGAGGGAGCUCUCACUGUCUUCAAGGACGUUCAAAGACUUUUCAAGCGCAAGAACAAUCAGAUAGAGUUGUUCUCUAUGAAGAAGGCGGAGAAGCUGCGGAGUCCCUGUCUGACAAAGGAACUCUGCAUCCUGUGUGUGAUCGAGAUCCUUUACCUGUGGAAAGCGUUGCCCAAUUGUUCCACUGCCAAACUGCAGACGAUGACGCAAGUGCUGCAGAGCAUCGAUGAUGCCUCGUGUACCGGCCUGAAAAACCUGCUGCUCGGGGCCAUAAACAAAUGUCUUCAAAAUACCAAAGAUGCUAUUCUGUAUUUCCAGCUGGCCGAGCGGGAUGAGGUCGGUCGUCUGACCAACUCUUACGUUCAGCCGUACUCCUGCUAUGAACUGGGCUGUGUGCUGCUCAACAACCCAGAGUCUGCAGAAAAGGGUCACAUGCUCCUGCUUCAGGCCAAGGAGGAAUAUGCCGGUUAUGACUUUGAGAACCGUCUCCACGUCCGCAUUCACUCCGCUGUAGCUUCACUGAACGCCGCGGCUCAGCCUUGACUUGACCAGGAAGAGACUGUCUUUGAAAAAGCCACAGUACCACUCUGUUAACACAGGUUCCACUUGUUUAUUGGUACUUAAUUUAUUUCAACUGUACGAGCCAAAACAUGUUGAAAAUGUGCGCACUAUAUUUAUAUGUACAGUACGUGUUUUUACGGACAAACAGUUAUAAGACCAAUCUCGUACACAGUUUUUGGGCAAACGAUGAUUUUCACUGUUAAAAUUGGAUUUAACCAGAUCUAAUUUUAUACUUUUUGUCAGUCGGGUCAAUUCCAGAGACUCAGUAUUUACUCUGAGAAAAGUCAGGUCAAAUAUGUAAUGGCACAUAAAGUAUUAACUGCAAUGACUAAUGAAGCCUAUGUUGUCUUACCUUCUCAGUGUUAUUGACAUUUGUGCUGCUCCAUCGGCAUGAUCACUCAAGUGACACAGGUUGUAAAAAUGUGCCAGUGUGGUACCGUUUGCUGUAAACUGUUUCCUCCUUUAUAUUUGUUUGACAUAAUAAAAUGAACAGUGUUUUAUCCAGUA